CACAGAAUGGGGAUAGAAUUGUUAUGGUCAUUUGUGGCAAUUGUGGCUGCAACAUACGUUACUCUAUUUGGUUUCUUAAAGAAAAUAAACGAGUGGUACUAUGUUACUAUGUCGGAGAAGAAGCAAAACCCUUUGCCUCCCGGUCAUAUGGGAUGGCCCUUCAUCGGAAACAUGUGGUCCUUCUUCAAGGCUUCCAAUUCACAAGAUCCCGAUUCCUUCAUCGACAACUUGGUUAAAAGGUAUGGAAGAACAAGCAUUUACAGAACCCAUUUGUUUGGGAGUCCAAGCGUCAUAGUUUGCAGUCAGGAACUUUGCAGGAAGGUGUUGACAGAUGAUGAACACUUUUCGUAUGGCUACCCUUCAUCGGCAAUUCAAUUAGGAGGGAAAAAGUCGCUGUAUGGAAUUUCAAAUUCAGAGCACAGGCGUUUGCGUAGGUUAAGAGCGGAUCCCAUCAAUGGCCAUCAAGCACUAGCUCUGUACAUAAGUGUUGGAACAUUGGCACCAUGCAAAAGAAGAGAACAAUACAAAGAACAAAGGAGGAAGAAACAAAGAACAAUUUACUUGCUCACAAACGUGCAGCAAGGAAGCAAUCUGCUUUACCCAAGUGAUAUGCUUACUCAUUCAAUAUGAAAACAAUACAUUUAUAGUCAAAAUACAUCACCAAAUACUACCUACUACCACUAAGUAGCCUAGUAACUUGAUAAACAUUGCUUGUACACAUAAACAAGCCACCUAAACUAGUCAUUCAACACCUAAUGCAUCAAGUUGUCAUCAACUUGUUUAUUUUCAACUAGUUUGAAUACAAUGAAACUAAAGAGAAAACCUUGCUGUUACAGCAAGCAUAAGUGCUACAACAUGUUUACAAGCUGCAUGCACUUCAACCUAAAAUAUCACAGCAGCAUGGUUGGCCAAUUUUCAAC